GUACGGCUGCUGCCGCGCCGUCUUCGUCAUGGAGCUGUUGCCGCGGGUCUGUCCCGCGCGGCCGCCGCUGCUCCUCCUGCUGCUGCUGCUCGUGGGCCUGAGCACAGGAGCCGUCUUCAACUGUCCCAGGGAGGGCAAGGAAGUAUGGGAUUACGUGACUAUCCGCAAGGAUGCCCACAUGUUCUGGUGGCUCUAUUAUGCCACCAACUCCAACAAGACCUUCUCAGAACUGCCUCUGGUUAUGUGGCUUCAGGGUGGUCCUGGUGGUUCCAGCACUGGAUUUGGAAACUUUGAGGAAAUCGGGCCCCUCGACAGUAACCUCAAACCACGAACAACUACCUGGCUCCAGUCUGCCAAUCUUCUGUUUGUGGACAACCCGGUGGGCACGGGGUUCAGCUACGUGAACAAGAGUAACGCUUAUGCCAAAGACCUUGCCAUGGUGGCGUCAGACAUGUUGGUUCUCCUGAAGAGCUUCUUUAGCUGCCACAAGGAGUUCCAGACGAUUCCAUUCUACAUUUUCUCAGAGUCUUAUGGAGGAAAAAUGGCUGCUGGCAUUGGCCUGGAACUUCAUAAGGCCAUUCAGAAGGGAACAAUCCACUGCAACUUCGCUGGAGUGGCUUUGGGUGACUCCUGGAUCUCGCCCAUUGAUUCGGUGCUCUCCUGGGGCCCUUACCUCUACAGCAUGUCUCUUCUGGAUGACCAAGGCCUGGCAGAGGUGUCCAAGGUGGCAGAGCAGGUCCUGGACGCCGUGAAUAGGGGGCAGUACACAGAGGCCACGCAGCUGUGGGGGAAGGCGGAGAUGGUCAUUGAGUCGAACACGGAUGGGGUGAAUUUCUACAACAUCUUAACCAAAGAUACGCCUAUGUCUGCCAUGAAGUCGAGCCUGGAGUUCACCCAGAGCCAUCUAGUUCAUCUCUGCCAGCGGCACCUGCGGCACCUGCACCGAGAUGCCCUAAGCCAGCUCAUGAACGGCCCCAUCAGGAAGAAGCUCAGGAUCAUCCCCGAGGACUGCACCUGGGGAGGCCAGGCCACCUCCGUCUUUGAGAACAUGCAAGGGGACUUCAUGAAGCCUGCAAUCAACAUCGUGGACGAGCUGCUGGAAGCUGGGGUCAAUGUGACAGUGUACAAUGGACAGCUGGACCUCAUAGUGGACACGAUGGGUCAGGAGGCCUGGAUACGGAAGCUCAAGUGGCCAGAGCUGCCCAAGUUCCAUCAGCUGAGGUGGAAGCCACUGUACGCUGACCCCAAGUCUCCAGAGACAUCAGCAUUUGUCAAGUCCUACAAGAACCUGGCCUUCUACUGGAUCCUCAGAGCUGGGCACAUGGUUCCGUCUGACCAGGGGGACAUGGCUCUGAAGAUGAUGAGGCUGGUGACGCAGCAAGAAUAGGCUGGCCGCGCUGGAGGCGAGCUUCCCAAAGCUGAAGGAGGGACCUGCUGCUGCCCCAGGUCUGACUGUGAUGACUGAGGGCUCCUCCAGCUUCCCUGAGAACAGACUCGUGGCCUCUGGCAACCUGAGGGUCUCUUCUGUUUCUCAAACACCUCUGAGUCGUUUUAGGGGAUUUUUUUCUCAUGAUAAUGAAGGAUGGAACUAGAUUCACUUUUUUUUUUUUAAAUUUUUGGACCAUACCUGGCUGUGCUCAGGGUUUAUUCUUGGCACUGAUGGUUUUAUUCCUGGUUUUGAUCACUCCUGGCAGAGCUCAGGGAAUCAUAUGGGGAACCAGAGGUUGAACUUGGUCACCCAUGUGCAAGAGAAGCACCAUACCUGCUGUUGCUAAUCAUCCUGUUUCCUGAUUUUUUUUUUUUUUACUAAAAAACAAACCAAAAAAGAAGAAAAGCAAAUUAUUUCAUAGGAGAAAGGGAGACAAUCAAGAAAGAUCUCUAUUCUCCAUUCUUAUUAUCUCCAUGGUAUAUAUCCUUUGUUUGUUUCCUAUAGCUACAGUUCUGCCCUUAUUCCAAUAUGGAUAUAAGCCCAUUGUAAGUUGAAAAUGUCUUAGAUUAAAAAUGAAUUUGAUACACCUAGCCUAUUGAACGUCAUAGCUUAGCUAGCCUACAUUUGGGCUAGCUAAGGAUCUAGGGCAAAAGCCUGCUUGAUAAUGAUGUAUUGAUUACUUGCUAUACUGUGUUAAUGCUGUAUUGACGGUGAAAGCAAGGCUGGUUGAGUUCUCAGCACUGAUAACAAGUCAGUAGAAAACCCUUCAGGCCUGCAACUGUGACUGGUGCUGAACUAUAUCCAUGCAGGUGGUGGGAAGCCAGGGUCCUCAAUCUGUCCUCAGAGAUGCAGGGGCACCUGGCCAGCACGUGGAAGGGUAUCUGUCAUUAACUCCCAACAUGGUUGCCUAGGAACUCCAGCUCACCACCACCCAGCAUUCAGCAGGAGACCAGCACACCAUGGGGUAUGGUCAAGGUUCUAACUGGUUCAUAGAUGCAUGUGGCUGCCACAUCAGAGUCAAGAUAAUGCGUGUCAAGCCACCAUAAAUCUGCAAGUCUGUGGAUACGUAUAGGGAAUCAACACUGUUAUUUUACUGUCCUCUUGGUUCACUUACUAGUAUAUCCAAUACACCUCCUUAUGUCAGUAAUAUUCUUCUCUAAAGCCAAAGGGAUAGAUUAAUGGUGCCUUGUAUGCAGGAGGCCCAAGUCUGAUGCCCAGUACCACCUGGUUACCUGAGUACUGCCAGGAGCAACCCCCAACAAUCAAACCUGGAAUAGCCCCUGAGCACCUCUGGGGCUGACCCCAAAACAAACUAAAUAAAUAUUCUUCUAUAAUACUU